ACAGAGAGCUCAGAAUCUUAUGGAAAAUUAAUACUAGUAAUAAAAAAAAUUGUCUUUAGCUCCUCCCAAGGUGUCCAUGUGCUGCUACCCAUAUUCUAAACAACACCUUAAGCUCACUUGUUUCGGGUUUAGCGGACCACUUAAUUUUUAUAAUCUCACCGUCCAGACAAAUCACUCACAUAACAAAACAAAGGAGACCAAAAGGUUACAGGACAAUAUAAAGCGGGCAUCUUCUGCCCUUUAUAUAUCACGAAUCCCAUGCACCUCUUCACUCACACCUCACCACAGUCAACUCCACAAACUCCUCCAUUUUUCUCGUUCUAGACGCAGAAAAUGGUAUCCCUAGAAACUGUUCAAGAAACAUCUAGAUCCAUUGACCAACCUUCAAGCCCCCGUAUUUCUUUCUCUGCAGAAUUCUUUGAUGACAAGAACUUCAUUUCCAUUAGUCCAAGCCCACAGGCUGAGAAAGAUAAAGAAACAGAGCGAGAAAGGGCUAGAAAUGCAGAAUUUGAGUUCCUCUCGAGCAAAAUGAGUAGCCAGACUAUGCUAACAGCAGAUGAGCUUUUCUACGAAGGGAGAUUACUUCCCUUUUGGCAAAUGGAGCAUUCUGAGAAACUCAACAAAGUCUGCCUUAAGACAAAAAAUGCCGAGGAGGAAGAGGAGGCGAGCAAGGAAGAGCCAAGGGUUUGGUUUGUUGAUGAUGACCCAUCUCCAAGGCCACCUAAGUGCACUGUUCUGUGGAAAGAGUUGCUGCGGCUAAAGAAGCAGCGUGCUUCUUCUUUGUCACCGUCAUCCUCCUCCUCUUCAACAUCAUCUUCUUCUAGCUCCCUUGCAGACAUUGCUACUAAAGAAGAAGGGAAGCGAGGUUCCGGGAAUGGAGAGAAGCACGUGAAGCGGAUAAAGAAAGGAUUAGAGAGAACAAGAUCAGCCAGUAUGAGAAUAAGGCCAAUGAUAAAUGUACCAAUUUGCACGCAGAUGAAGAGCAGUGCAUUGCCACCUUUAUUUCCCCUCAAGAAAGGAAGAUUGGAAAGGUGAAGAUUAGGAGAGAAGAAGUAGCUCGAGGCUGUAUGAACCGUAGGAUUGUUCAAUAUGUUCGUUCAUCUCUUUUAUCAGUUGAUUUACUUCAUUUCGAACUUCAGUUUUUCCCCUACUUUUGUGUUUAGAGUACUGUUAAUCAUGAUGGAUCUGAUGAAUUAUCAUGUAAAUGACGACAUUAUCUAUAAUGGAUGGUAUGGACAAAAUAAUAUCUUCCGCUUUGCGUUGCUUAGAAGGCGUACAGUUUCAAUUGCUUACAGAUAGGAACUAGUAAGGUGUCCUGCCACAUGCAAAGUUGCAGAUCCUGAGAAUCAGAAAGGUCCACAUGGAAGGAUCGGCCAAAAGGAAUCUGGUCAAUUGCCUGAACUAAAUGCAUGCUGUAAGAUCAGAGUGCUGUGUCAUGGAACGCCUGACACCCCAUUAUUAUUGUAUAUCUAUCAGAAGGUCCGUAGUCUCCAAGAUUUUCUUUU